UAUUGGUCGCGAAAGCCAACGUGUUAAACUGCCAUCUCUAUGUUUUAUUUAAAUGAUUGAUCAUGAUAGCUUUUUGAACACCCUGUAUAUUAUCUGAUGUUCAAACUGGUUUGACUGCUACGGGCACUGUUUUCAGUCUGUGUGCAAGGUGGCCCAGGCACUAGCCCAUCAGUGCGUGGACACGUGGUGGGGGGGGGGGAGUGCCUGAAAUCCUUCGGAAGCCUCUUCCUGAAAUGUUGGUAAAUAAUUGACUACGUGCGUGCUCCCCGUCUCGGUAGGUAGAGACACUGUAAACAACUGCGACAAUUAAGGGUGCUAUAAAACAACUGGCAAAGAAACAAGUCUGGAAUGCCGUUUUUUGUUUUUCUGCCCCCCCCCCGUCCCCCCCUCCUGCUUUGAUGCCCUGCGUUAUAAACGGGGAAUUGGCAUUCGGAAAAUCUCUCCCCAGCUCCCAGCCGUGUUGUAUUUGUAGCAAUAAUAUCAGAGCCAAUAACAAACACGUGCGACACUGCCGGUACAAAGCGAAUGCCAAAUUCUUCAGGACUUAAAAGGUCACGACCCCCGCGCCCCCCCUCCGCCUCCUCCCGUUCUUCACCGGACAUGAUGGAUUCUCCUUUAACUCGCCAUGUAACUAUUUGUCUCUGACGAAUGUGUCUGGUUCCCAGCUGCGAGCAGACAUGUAAAUCACUCCGGUCUGACAGGACUUCGUGGGCGAUAGCAUCUUCUGGAUCCGGGCCGGGAUGCUCCUCAGACGGAAUUCUCUCACAGCACAAAAGGAAUUGCCCCAGUAAAGUGAUUUUUGGGUUUUGCGCCCGCGAGCCCCAGAGAGCAUUUCCAAUUGCAGCAAUUGAGGAGCACAGCAUCGGCGGGCAACUGCCACUAAGUAUCACCGCAUUUGACCCUGUGCGAGAUGCUUCAAUGCAUUUGACGAAUGGAUAAUCGGGAGCAUUAGCACUCUCUUUCCUUCGCGGUCUAGUUAUCAGAGGGGGAAAAGAGAGUCAGACCAGCGAGAUUAAAGAAACUUGACUGCCCUUAAGUUAAGGUAGCAUCUGCACCGUAGUAAUGUUCAGACUGUAAAAGUUUGAAUGUUGUAAAUGCUGGCUCGGGUUUUCAAAAGACAAAUCCCAAUGUAAUUUACCGAGUAUCAUAUUGUGCAUAUGCCUUCUUGAAAUGCUAUUGCACUAAAAUUACGUCUUUAAAUGCUAUUAUGCUCACAACUAUAUCACAGCAGUUUACUUCAUAAUUCACAUUAUACGUCGUCUUUUGCCAAUCAGUUGUCAGUAAAGCAUUGGCAAUGUGAUGAGACAAGCAUCAAAAUCCCAACUUUAAAUACAACCAUCACUGUUUAAACAACAGCAAAAAACAUUCGACUGACCAACAGCGUGGCCAAUGCAACAACUCCUAAUUGCCCAAUCCACCGGCCCGUCAAUUUAGAAUUCAGUGCUUGCACUCUGAAUUUAAUAGUUUUUGCUACUUUAAAUAACUUCUCGAAAAAUGAUCCAGCACUGACAGGGGGUGACGCUGUGGAUUUGCUCCUCGUCGGAGCUCUACCCACAGCAUUGUCUGAGCGAUGCCUAAUCCUCCAUUGUCGGCCACUUGGAAGCGACUGCCGAGGAAUUAACCUCUCCUUCGGCCCCGUUGAGACAGAUAUCUGAGAAACAAAAUCUGGAGGCGCGCACGCGCUCAGAAUCUACGUUCAAGACACCAGUGGAGCAGAGGUCAAGAUAGCAGGGGGGUGGCAAAGAGGCAUUUUCUCCCCCCCAAGGAUAUAAAGUCGUGGGCGCGGAGUGGCAAGCUGCUCACUUUCACAAAGCUGGUGGGCGAGGGAGCAGCAGCAGCAGCAGCAGCCACUGUGUUACGCAGGGCGGGUGGGCGGGGGGCCCUCUGGUGAAUUGUCUGCGUGGUGUCUGGCACCGCGAUGGCGACGCAAGCCGGAGGAGCGAGCAGGACCUCCCUUCUGCUCUUGGCCCUGGCUUUCGUGCCACGUCAAGGUUUCGGGGCCACCCUGCCGACCGAUAAGCCACGCUACCACGUCGGGGUGUGCCCCAACGACCUCAACCCUAACCUGUGGGUGGACGCCCAGAGCACCUGCGAAAAGGAGUGUGGCGGUGACCAGGACUGCACCGCCUUCGAGAAGUGCUGCCUCAAUGUGUGCGGCUCCAAGAGCUGCGUGGCCGCCCGCUUCGCCGAAAGCAAGAAGCGCCCGGCCGGCUCGCCGGGCGGCCGCGACGCCGCCGCCGGGGCCAAGGCCGCGGCGAGCUGCGCCGGCUUCGCGUGCCAGCAGCAGGGCGCCGAGUGCGAGCUGUGGGACGGCAAACCGGCCUGCCGCUGCCGCGACCGCUGCGAGAAGGAGCCCGACUUCACCUGUGCCUCCGACGGCCUCAUCUACUACAACCGCUGCUACAUGGACGCCGAGGCGUGCGUCAAGGGCGUCGCCCUGGGGGUGGUCACCUGCAAGUACCACGUGGCGCCGCCGCCGCGUCCCAGCGAGCCGCCGUCCGAGACCGCCGCGCCGCCCACCGUUCGGCACCCGCCGCUCACGCCGCCCGGCGACGCCGUGCCGCCGGCCCUGCUGUCGAACCCCUACCCGCAGGAGGUCGCCCUGGGCGGCACCGUCAGCUUCCGGUGCGACGUCGGCGGGCGGCCACAGCCCGACGUCACCUGGGAGAAGCGGAGCGACGGGCGCGACAACCUCAUCAUGCGCCCCGACCAGAUGUACGGGAACGUGGUGGUGACCAACAUCGGGCAGCUGGUCAUUUACAGCGCCGAGGAGCACGACGCCGGCAUCUACACGUGCACGGCGAGCAACGCGGCGGGCCUCCUGCGCGCCAACUUCCCCUUGUCGGUCGUGACGCACGACCGGCCCAGGCAGCCGCCCCCCGACGGAGCCAUCGCGGAGUUCCCGGCGAGCGAGUGCCACGAGCCGCCCGACGUGACGCACUGCGGGUCGGCCCGCACCAAGUGGUACUACGACAGCGGCCUGAACGCGUGCGACACCUUCGUGUACGGCGGCUGCGACAGCAACAGGAACCGUUUCGACACCUACGAAGGCUGCAAACGGUGGUGCCAGAACCAGACCGUCAACAUCUGCCACUUGCCGCCCGUGCAGGGCCCGUGCCGGGACUGGGAGCGCCACUGGGCCUACAACCCCCUCAUCAAGCAGUGCCAGUUGCUCGUCUACGGCGGCUGCGAGGGAAACGAAAACAACUUUGAGAGCCGGGAGGCCUGCGAAGACAACUGCCCCUUCCCGACCAAGGCGGCGCUGUGCAAGAGCUGCAAGCCGAGGCAGAAGAUCGUGCCCAGCUUCUGCAAGAGCGACUUCGCCAUCGUCGGCAGAAUGACCGAGCUGGUCGAGGAGCCGGACUCGGGCUACGCCCGAUUCACCGUGGACGAGGUGCUCAAGGACGACAAAAUGGGCCUGAAGCUCUUCAACACCAAGCACAUGGAGGUGACCCUGGCCAACGUGGACUGGAGCUGCCCGUGCCCCAACAUGACGGCGUCCGACGGCGCCCUGCUCGUCAUGGGCGAGGUGCAAGACGGCAUGGCCGUGCUGCACCCCCACAGCUUCGUGAGGACGGCGAGUGAGAGGCGCGUCCGCAAGGUGUUCGAGACCAUCGAAAAGAAGACGUGCGACCUGAUGAGGCGGUUCCAUGACUAAGAGACGCACGCGCGUCAUAUCUCGCCUGCCUUUUAUGCGCAACGCCUGAUAAAUCGCUUCCGCAAUGGCUUUAGGUGUACGAGCGGAGAUGCUCUUAGCGAUGCAUAUAAAGUAUACGUAAACUAAAUAGACGAACGAUUUUUGUCGCGUUGCUUUGCCUGGUGAAAUUUACAAAUUCAUGUGGCAUGACAGCCGUUUGAUUGAAUUGCCACAACAGUCCACCGUGGCAUUUCUUUUUCAUUAACAACUGCCAGCAAACACGUAAUUUAUUGAUAGUGUUUGCAACGUAAAAUGUGCAACGCUUGCACCGGAGGUUUUUUUUUUCGUGCGUGUCGCUGCGUAACCGAUGUGCACGCAUUGUGCUGUUGUCGCUUUGUUCCGUAGGUGUGCGCACGUUCGUCCGUGCAGUGCACGACAUGCCGAUCGCAGCCCUGGUACAGGAAAACAACCUUUCAUAUGGAGAUGAUUAAAGACGCCACAUCUGGUAUUGAUUUACAAUAAGUGCAUUGAAAAAAAAUGGCAAAAUAUUAGCAAGUGCAGCUAGCCCGUAUUUGUAUAUUGGUAUAGCAAAUAAAAGCUUUGAUGUUCAACGCACUGCAUUCGCUUUAUUGCUGUAGUAUUGCAGGAACGUGUGUGUUUAUGUACGUUAAACUUCUUUCACACCGUACGUAGCCAACCGUGCUAAUUGGAGGUGCGGAACAACUCGUCGGGAUGCACUCAACUUUCGGGAUGCACUCAACUUUCAAAAGUGCUUCAUGGGACACAUCUGGUCCACCAAAAAAAGGUAGCUGUGAGUUUACUAGAAAAAAAAAUUGCUACAUCUUCCCAAACUGAGAAUAUAACUGCGUUCAAAUACAAUAAAAGGCCUGGACAAUUGCUCUAAAAAAAUGUUUAUCCGUACUAUAUUUUAUCAAUUGUUAAAAAAUUAUCAUAACAGUGUUUUUUUGUUAUGGCUACGGCUGCACAUGAGAUUGCAGGUGCCUUGACAUCCACAUUACACCACCUGCUGGACUUUGUAAUUCGCCGUA